AUGUCCGGGAUCUGGGUUCUCUUGUCACUGAUAUUUAUCUCUGUUGCUGGACCAUUGUCUAAAGGUGAAAAGGCCCCCGUGGCUGGUAUCAACUCUGAGGUGCUGAAAUUGACUAAGAAUAUUACUGAAGUGAGUUCCUGCCCAGAAGGCCUACAUCGUGAGCACCAAUUUUGUUGUCUGCCUUGUCCGCCUGGCAAACGGAAAACCAGUGAUUGCAAACACGACGGAGGUAUACCAGAAUGUGUGUUCUGCUCAGAGGGGAACGAGUACACAGACACAAGCCAUCAUUCUGACAAAUGCAUAAGAUGUGGCGCCUGUGAUGAAGAACAUGGGCUAGAAGUGGAACAAAACUGUACCCGGACCCAGAAUACCAAGUGCAGAUGCAAAUCAAACUUUUUUUGUAACAGUUCUCCGUGCGAACACUGUAACCCUUGUACCACGUGUGAACAUGGAAUCAUUGAGAAGUGCUCACCAACUAGCAACACCAAAUGCAAAGGAUCCAGAUCUCACUCAAACAGUUUAUGGGCCCUGCUGAUCCUCCUCAUUCCAAUAGUUCUAAUAAUAUACAAAGUGGUGAAAAGUCAACACAGGAAUAAAAAGAAGGGUUAUCACAACUCUGAAGCCUCAAAUGAUGUAAAGAUUCUUCUCUGUUUUUCAGAUGUUGACUUGGGUAAAUAUAUCCCUAGUAUUGCUGAACUAAUGAAAAUAACUCAAGUUAAAGAAUUUGUUCGGAAGAAUGGUAUAGAGGAAGCCAAAAUAGAUGAUAUCAUGCAUGACAAUCUCCAUGAAACAGCUGAACAGAAGGUCCAACUGCUCCGCAGUUGGUAUCAAAGUCAUGGGAAGAAAAAUGCAUAUUGCACUUUGACUAAAAAUCUCCCAAAAGCUCUUGCAGAGAAAAUUUGUGACAUAGUCACCAAGGACAUUACUAAUGAACGUGAAAAUGCAAACUUGCAAAAUGAAAAUGAAAACUUUGUUUAA